UAACUUUUUAUAUUGUAUAUUGUCGAUUUGCUUGGAAAUAUUAAAACAACAGACUAUACAGCGUUGCAUUAUUCGAUGCAAAGCAAAGUUGGAAAAAACGUGUAUUCUGACAAGGAGCAUUGAGUAGGGAACCAACGUUUGUGCGCAGCGCGCUGUUGUCACAUUUUAACGUUCCCCCCUAACGAGGCGGUGGUGUUUUUGACAGCACACCUACGGAGCACUGAGCUGUCACUUCAUUUUGAUUGAAUGAGUGUGCUGGGGGAUGGCAGUGGCACAGUAACGCGAACUGGAAACAAACAUUAAUGUAAAAUAUAAGACUUGCGCUAACAAACCGUCAUUAGGGAGUCCGAUUGACUAGAGCCUUUGCUGCCACAUGCUAGCUCCUCGACAAGCUAGCAGGUAUUAUUAGCCUGGGUAGCUAAUGUUAGCUGAAGUCUAAUUCUAGUGGACUUGUAUGCCAUCAGCUGGAAAAUCUGCAGUGCACACUUGAAACUUAAUUCAAUUGAGAGGCAUUUGGGUGUCUUAUGAUAAUCGUUGGCAGCCCUUGUCAAAAUGUCCACGACUUCGUUGGAUAAAGAAUUACAGGAGCGGCUGAGAGAGGCGUCUGCCAUCGGAGAUAUCGACGAAGUGCGGUCGUUAGUGGAGAGUGGGGUGAACGUUAACUCACAAAACGAAAUCAAUGGAUGGACGUGCCUUCACUGGGCUUGCAAGAGGAACCAUAAACAAAUAGUGUCCUACCUACUCAGUUGUGGAGCAGACAAGGAAAUCCUCACAGCAAAAGAUGAGUUAGCCUCACAGUUAACAUCCAAACCAGAGAUCAAGCGACUUUUAGGAGUUGAGGUGGAGGAAGUGCCUGAGGACAAAGAGCCUGAGUUGCCAAUCAUCCCAAAUUACCUGUCCAACCCGCCCUUCAUGUAUUCCAAGAUGGACAACAAGUCGGACAUCAUCCAUGCCCACCACCUCACACACAAUGGCUCUGGAGAUCACGCUGAAGACACAGAGAGUGACUCAGCCUCCCUCUCCCCAACAGAGGAGCUUCAGAAAUCACAGAGUCUGGUUUCCGAUGGCCCCACCACUCCCUCAAAUCACAGCGUGAACAACAGUCAAGCCCCGGCUGAAGAAUUCAUUCCUCUAUCUGAGCAGAACGGUGCCUCGUCCAGCUCGGUCUCAUCCCACAGUCACACUGUUGUUAACUGCCCAGUGCCAAUGGACCUGUCAGUUGAGUCUCACUUGGUCAGCCACGCCGACUACCCUCACGCACCAGCACAUAAUGGCCACAUACGUUCGCCUCCGUUGACUUCACCGUGUCCCAACUUGGCGAGCAACAGCAGCAGCCAGGUUGCAGCCCCAGUGGCCGGCACCAACCCGGCUGUGAGCCGGCAGCAGUCUAUUCCACAGCAGCUGAGCUACAGCCAGACCAACGGGCCCAUGCCGGCCUUUCAGCCCUUCUUCUUCACCAGCACCUUCCCUGUCAAUGUACAAGAGCUGGUGCUGAAGGUUCGGAUCCAGAACCCCAACGCACGAGAGAAUGACUUUAUUGAGGUGGAGCUGGAUCGUCAGGAGCUCACCUACCGCUCCCUGCUAAGAGUCUGUUGCCGUGAGCUGGACAUCAGUGCUGAGCACGUGGAGAAGAUUCGCAAGCUGCCAAACACCAUGUUGAGAAAGGACAAGGAUGUGGCCCGUCUGCAGGACUUUCAGGAGCUGGAGGUUGUUUUGGAGAAAGCAGAAGGUCUGUCCCUCUUUUCCGGGGCGGGGGGCCUAACAGACAGACCCUGCUACAACAUGAAGGCCUCCCGCCUCACCUACUAACGUACCACGUACCCUGAGGUCUCCCUGAUAACGAUGGGCUCCUGUAGCUAUCCACAAGCAGCCUCAACUAGUUGCCUGCCCAGGUUCCUUGUUUCAGCUUUGUUCAGCUUUGGUGUUUUACCAAUUUCCCAGCUGGGAUUAGUUUUUUCAACUGUAGCUUUGUCCUCCUCUGGCCCUCCUGCUGCUUUAGUGUAUCCAAUGAGUUCCAAGCAAUUACUGAUGCAUGGUAUCCUCAAUUAUUUGUGAAAGUAUUGACCCCUUCUCUCCUCUCUUAAAAACCCUUUUUCCCCACUGUACUUUGUGCCAAGGCUCCAGUGGGUAAACAGAGGGGGACGUUGGCUUGUCUUCCUAAUGGGCUGGACUCAAAUGGGAUUCUUCAGUCGCCUUAUGUGGACACAUUUUGACACUGGCCGUGGACUACGGUCGAAUAGGAAAAUGGAGUUAGGACCGAGAGCAGAGGACAUCAGGAAGGAUUUACCUAACUCCUGCUGAUAAGCUAAUCAUCAAUCCACAGCGCAGGACAGUUUGCUCCACAGCGAACGUGCACACAGCAACUCAGAUUUAUAACAAAUUGACCUACAGAGUAAUAUUAGAAUAUCAUCUGUGUACACACUUUUCUACAUGCUCUUGGCAUAAACCUUAGUGUCUUUUCUUGCAAAGGGUAUCUGUUGUUAGCCUAAUUCUUAAGGUGGAUCCAAUCUCAAGCCAGUUGAGAUGCUGUCGUCUUUUGAACUCAAAGUACUUUUAUCAGCUGAACACAUACAGUGUGCUUUAAUAUGUAUGCCCACACAGAUGGACACAGUUGAGAAGAAGUACAUGAUUCUUUGCAUUUAAAAUCGGGUCUGUCAUAGAGUAUGGUGAGGAAAGAACAAGUUAUGUCAUAAUAUCUGUCUUUCUGUGUUUUUGUUUUUGUUUUUUCAUGAGACAAAUGAGAUAACAAUUAUGUAACCUGAAGUUUCCCUCUCACAUUCUAGAAACGGUCAAGUCUGAUGUCAAAUGUGAGGUAUUCAUAUGUAUUUUUGAGUCAUGUUGAUUCUUACUAAUGAAGUGAACCGGGAAAUGUUCUGUUUGAGGAUUCAAUUAGUUUAACUUUGAUUAGAAGCAAGACCAAAAAGUCGCCUAGCCAGCAAAGACACUAACUUUAGAGCAAAACCUGUAUUGCUUUUGGAAAGAACGCAGCUCUUUCAUUUCAUUUGACUGUUUGUUUUUUUUCUUUGCUCCUAAACGAGACGAGAGAUGGCAAAGUCCACACUGAUCUUAGUUCUAUGACUGUGGGCUUCCUUGUUCUUCCUACAGUUUUGUAAGCAUCGGCUUCCUUUUCUCUUGUGUACUGUGUGUCACAUCGAAACAUAUACACGCUGCAUAUCAGUCGCUAUUCAAGGCUACCCUUGUGUAUACUUGUUUAAAGAUAUAAUUUAAGUAACUUUUAAACUUUUGUUAAUGUUUUCUAAUUGGUAGCCAAAGUAUCUCACCAGAGACCUAACUGACAUGAUGGCUUUUCACACUAACGGUCAAAUAAAUCCUUUAACUAGUUAAGAGGCACAGUCACAUUCUGGUAGGUGAUUAUGUUGUUUAUGCUGCUUUCAUAAAUGCUGGGGCCCACUUCUGUCCAACACAGCAGCAGGUGGACAUCACAAUCAGUAUCUUACCCAAUGGUAAGUGUUUACUGUAAACCGGAGGCUCUUACUCUAUUUUUUAGUUGUUCUUUUUUUGACUAACGUUCAUUUUUCUCUAAUCAGCUAGGCUGAUUAGAGACUGAUUAAAGUCUACUGUUGUGCAACUGUUUAACAGCGGUGAGUUGAAGAUGCUUUUGUUAAAGUGCAAUGUGAGGGCCAAAAGAGGGCAUUUGAGCGUAUGGGAAAAGCAAAGAACCAAUUUAAUGUGUCCUGCAACUGGAAUUGCGUUGUGGAGCAAAGUUGUGACACAUGUAAGGUAUGGAUUUUGAUUGAAAGUGUCAAAAAAAAGAAAAAAGCCCUGUGCCAUUUUGGGAUAGAAGCUGCAUGUUUGCAAUGGUUUCUGUAGGUUAUUUGAUUCUGUGAAAGGAGAUGCCUACAUUACGUUUGUAGGUUUGCUUAUUGUUCCAGAAAAAGCAGAAUACAGUUUGAAUUAACCUAUGCAUUCAGAGUCUGAUAUUUUUAUAUACAGUAGGCCAUGUGUACGUGCAAAAAUAAUUAUAGGCACUGUUAGAAUUGUGAUGUUUUUGUUCUGAAGACCUCUACCUGUUCUUUGAUAAAGCAUGGUAUAUGACUUGAUUUAUUUUUCCUUUUUUAUAUUUUCUUGAAAUUUACAAGUGUCUUAUACAAGCAAACACACAUUGGACCAUUAUUUACCGUAAUUCAUAUGAUAUCUUGAGUAAUUUCUUUCUCUCUUUGUAGUUAACUCAUUUUCAAAUCAAAUGGCUGUUCACUCAUGCUUAGAGGCCUGCUCAUCCUAUUACUGCUCAUACAGUUCAGCUUACAGCCACUAGAGGGAGAACAUGGGUAGAUAUUUGCACCUGAUGAGCUUCAAAACGGUUUAAAAAGAAGGCAGUUUUCUCUUCUCCAAACCAGUUGCUUCGAUACUGAGCCGUUCUUUGUCUUUCUGAGGUUGUAGUCACUUCUGUUUUCCAGGUUUUCAGCAUUUUGGGUGGGAGCCAGUGAUGAGGCCAGCAGGUCGCAGGACUAAAUACAGAUUUUAUCGUGCAAAAUAAUUAGUGACAAAUGAAAAUGUCAUUUUCAGUGCUCAGAAUGCUCAGAUGUAGGACACUGCACUGGUCUGGCUGUGAAGAGUUGCUAUUCUUUUUAGUGUACACUGUGCAGACGCCAUCUGAUCUCAGCUCCUGUUGCAUGAAGGUUGUCAUUUUUUUUAAAUGGAAGAUAAGAAAAUGGUGCAAUUUGACAGUGGCUUUUACUGUGAAUUUAGUCUCUACACACAGAUCCUAAUAAAGUGCAGAAUUCUGUUUGCGACUGGAGUUUUCUAACACACCAGCUAUGGAGCCGGCCCAGUGGAUGGAACCCUCUCUUAUGGGGGAGGCACAUCAUGACUUAUGUGAUAUUCUGGGACAUGAGACAAAGAAACAAUUCAGGUAAAACAACUAAAGAGACUACAUUACCCAAAAAGAUAUAGGAUAUUGACUAUAGUAGGCAGUCCGUUCAUUUGGAUUCAGAUGCAUAACAUUCACUCUAAAAAAAAUAUAUUCCAAAUGACAUGAAUGUUAACUUUAUUGUGCACUUUCAAACACCAGAGGUUAUUAAAAAGAUAUUCACACAGAUUUUCAACAAAUGUAUGUUUUAUGUGUUGAAAUCAUCUGAAAAAGGUUUCCUGGACUGCGUAAAUCUGUGCACCCUCUUCCGGCCAUUUGGUCUGUCCACUAUUGACCUGCAUCUGCAUAACAACCGGUGUUGUACAUUCUGUUAUCAAGUUAAAACGUGUAAGGUUUUGUUAUGUUCCCUCUUUGACCGAAAGAACAUAAACAUAACUUAAGUUAUGGUCAUACUGAUGCUCUUGUAUCUGUGAAAUCUUUAACCUCUUUAGUGUAAUGAAUACAAUGGUGUUCAUGUGGUGACCAGAUGUUCAGACACUGUGAUCUGGACAACACAAAUAUUGCAUAAUCUAAGUGGUGGGAUCUUACCUAAGUGUGUUUUAUAUAAAAGGAAAAAAAA